CGAGUCAAGAUUAAAAUGGAAUAUAUUGGGAAUAAGCUCAGGCGGUACACAACGUUCAGUAAACGUAAAACGGGAAUUAUGAAAAAAGCUUAUGAGCUGUCAACGUUGACAGGCACUCAAGUUAUGCUGCUGGUGGCCUCUGAGACAGGUCAUGUGUACACAUUCGCUACGAAGAAAUUACAACCAAUGAUCUCAUCAGAAGCUGGAAAAACGCUCAUACAGAACUGUCUUAAUACGCCUGAUAUAGGUAGGCGUUGUUCGAUUCAUUCAUUACAAUCAUCAACUAUUGCUUUCUCAGUCGAAAUGCUAUAUGAUUUGGUGUGA